AUGAUUAAAAUUGAUUCGUUAACAAACAUCUACAAUGAUUCCGAGAAUAAAGACUCUGCAGAUUAUGAAAGCGAUUUUGAAGCUGAAAAUGAAAUAGAAAAGGAAUUUCAAAAUAUCUCAACAGAUAAAGAAAUUGAAAAAUCCCCAGCAAAGCAUAUAACACAUACAGCUUCUUUUCGCUCAAGAUCCUCAUCAAGCACAGCAAGCUUGCAGAGAGCGAGAUCAGGCAUAAUCUCCCGUAGAAUUUCACCUUUAAAAAACCGAAACUCUUUACUUUUACUUGAAAAAGAGAAUUUAAUGCUAAAAAACCAAUUGAAAGCUAUUAACGCAAAUUUGGAUGAUGCCUUGGAAAAGCUGAAAAAGAAAAUAGUUGUUAGGUCUUCAAGUAUAAUCAGGCAUAGAAGCAAGGCUGAACAGAUGAGCAUAAUAGAAAAGCAACUAAAUUACUAUGAAGCUGAAAGCAAUAAGCUACAAAAAAGAAUUAGAAAAUUGCGAAAUGUGGAUUAUAAAGAAAACUUAAAAGAAGAGAUAAAGGAAAAGGAAAGGAUUUUAAAAAAUUAUGAAAAACAAUUGAAAGUAAAAUAUGAAGAACAGAAGGAAAGAGGUGCAGUUUUAAUAAAAAAAGAGCAAGAAAUUGAACCAAAAGAAGUCACAGAAUAUAAUGAAUUGUUAAUUGAAGAAAAAAAGCUGAAAUUACAAUUUGAAAAUUUAGAAGAAAAAAUGGAAAAAGACAACGACUACUAUGAACAUUUGUACAAUAAAGAGGCUGACCUAACUAAUGAGCUUGAAGUUCUUGAAAAAAUCGCAAAAAAUUUAUUUAAUCCUUUAUCACAACAAGAAAAAAUAAUGAUUGAUACACAUUUAAAACUUCAAAAGCAAUUAUCAAUAAUCGAAAGAAAAUUAUUUUUAUCUAUAGGCCUUAGUCUUAGUCUUAGUUAAAUUUAUAGAGUAGCUCCCGGCCAGGACCGAAGGUCCUUUUCUUCCGCCUUUUGGACGCCUCGCUUGCUUUCCUUGCCCUGCUCCCAGUGUGCACCUAAGUGCCACAGGCUACCACUCAGCUCCUUCCGGUCAUGGGCUUGGUCAUGCUAUCCCGGAAGUAGGCGAACUGGGUCACCGUGCUUCACGUCGCCAGACUAGGGUUAGAGCUAAGGAUUAACUCCGUAGCUCUUGUCGGCUCCUGCCAUGCCCUCCAAAUUGGCACUAGCGGUCGCUAGAGGAAAAAAAACUUUUUUGCCCCGUGUCCUAUCGGGACGACCCUAGGAUCGUCGUUGCUGGACUGGGAGGGAAACCUAGCCGGACACAAACUACCAGUACCCAUUCCAGACCUUUCCCUGGGCGGAUUGGCUUCAGGCCGCAGCAAGGUCCCCAAUCUCGCCACAGUUCCGGGAGAGGACGAGUCGGUGCCGUCGCCAUUUUAUUUUUGUGUUUUUAUCUAUAGGCCAGUUAUCAUGUAAAGAGAAAAAUAUCGAAAAAAAGCUCCAGACAAAUAAAGAAAAAAUUGAUGAAAUGGAAACUAAGCUUAAAAAUAAAACAGAAUUGCUUGAAAAUAUCAAUAAGGAAUUAUAUGACAUAAUGAAAUACGCCACAAAUCAUAGUUUAGGCUGUCUAGUUGACGCACUAACUAAUACUUCAAGUCUUGCAGAGGAGAUUGAAGAAAUAAAUGAAGAUCCUUUUAAAAAUAAAUCAAAUGAUAUAAGCCGAAUAAGCAGUGAAGUUGAGCCAAUAGAAGAGAUUGCUGAUGAGGAAGAAAUUAAAAGCUAUAGAGAUAAGAUUGCCGAAGAGCUAGAUAAAAUUGACCCAUUAUUGGAAAAAGUUAAAGAAAUUUAUGAAGAAAAUGAAGACUUGUGAGACAGCUGGAAAAACAAUGAAGAAAUUUUGAUUGAAAAUAAAUUAGAAGCAACGUUUAGAGAUGAAGCCACGCUUCAAUUGACUGAAAAUGAUACAGAAAGUAUCCCUACAUUAAAAUUAGAUACAAAUAGUGAAAGGAAUGAAGAGGUUUUUCAUAUAAAUGAAAAGAAAACCACUGAAAGAGAUUAUUCAGAGUCUACAAAAGAGUUUAAAGCUCUAGAAGAAAUUAUUUCGAAAGAAAUGCAAUCUCUUCAAAAAACUGAUGACAAAGAACAUGAAAAUGAUAAAGACUUAGAUAUCGCUAAAAAAUCAAGAAAAAACUCAAGAUCAGGAGACGCAAAGAAGCCUUUUCAGAAGCCGCUGUUUAAUUUAAGAUCUCCACAUGAAAAAGAAAUAGGGGAUAAGUUUAUCAAGAAUAACAAAAAUUCGCAUGAGAGAAAAGAAAGUAAUGGAUCAGCUGAAUUUUCUCAAGAAAAGCAAUAUUUAAAUGUUAAGGAUAUUCCUGAAAAUUUUGGAGGUAAAAUAUCGCCGCAUUUUGUGCAAAAAAUAUUGGAAAAUGAAGAAGCUACAGAAAAAUCAUUUAGAAAAAAGAAAAGUGAAAAAUCUAUAAAUGAAAAGCAAAUUUUAGAAAAAGACCAGCCAAUAGAUGCAGAUUAUAUAUGUAAAUCUGGAUUUAAAAGUAUCUGGCAAGCAAAAGACGUUGAUUUAGAGCCAGUUAGAAUAAAAGAAAAAUCUCCUGACAGAGCAGGUAAACCUUUAGGCUUAAAUAAGCCUAAAAAAGUAGAGAAAAAGACAGAUUAUUAUAAAGAGUCAAACUUUCCUAAAGAAAAAUGAGAUAAUAUGAAUGAGCUAGUUUACAAAGAAAUCACAUUUGGCCACGAAAUGAUUCCUCCAAUUAACAAAGAGAACCCAAAUUUCGAAGUCACAUUUAACCACGAUAAAACCCCAGCCUUUUCUCAGCAAAAAGCUAUUUCACUCAACAAAAAAGCUCCGAUCCAAAAAGACUAUAUUGAGUCUCGAGAAGAAUUAAUAGAAAAAAUCAACAAAUCCCACUUUUCGAAUGUUCACAACUGUGAAGUCACAGGCGAUUUCCCAUCAAUUUCAUAUGAUUUGAAUCAGGUAAAAUCAUUUUCCAACGAUAUUUUAAAGCAUCAAAGGCAUCAUGCUACAAGUAAGAAACCGAAACUCUCGUCAAACCAAAAUUCUUCCUUUGAUUUAUCAGAAGGAAAUUAUUUAUUGUAA